UUAUCAUUUUAAAAAGUAGACUAUAAGUUUCUAUUUUUACAAAAUAAGUACAAUAUUUUGAUAAAUAAAAAAAAUGUUUCAUAUUAAAAUGCGCCGAACGAAACGUUUUAAAAGUCUGCAAAUAAACUUGAUUUCAAAAAUAAAAACAACUUGAAAAGUGCUAAUUUGAUAAAAAUAUUACUACCCGUAAUCAUAAAUGUGUUUUGUGAUAAUUUAUCUUAGAACCGUUCUGAUAAAAAUGUGUUUUUCACGGUGCCGUAUCGCUGUAUCUGUAUGUGGCAUGGCAGGGGUAGUACUAAAUGAGUGAUGUGGCCAACGGACCCAAGCAACGCAAAUUGCCGCGCCGGCAGCGAUCUAUAUAUCAGGUGCACUACAACCUGCGGCGACAAGACGAGGUGAUGGCCAAGCCGCUGGCGAUGCCGUCCGCGCCGCUCUCGGUGCAGGCCUACGAGCUGCAAGUCGCCGGCCACAGGAACGACAAGACUGAGGAGAAGUUUCUAGGACUGCUCCAAUGUAGCAACGGCCGAGUACUGAAGCCUAUACUUAAGGAGUCGCAGAAACGAGAAGUGGACUUCUACAAUCGCGUGUCAACGUCCACCAAUCCAGAGUUGGUGGAACUGAGGAAGCAUAUACCCAAAUACUACGGCUGCAGAAAGUUCACGUACAACGGCUUCGAGCAAGAGUACAUCAUGCUUGAGGACCUCACUGAAAGAAUGCUGGAUCCAUGCAUCAUGGAUGUGAAAAUCGGCAGAAGGACGUGGGACCCCCAGGCGUCACUGGACAAGAUCCGGCGCGAGGAGAGCAAGUACGCGCUGUGCAAGGAGGAGUACGCCUUCUGCAUCCCCGGCUACCAGGUCUACAAGCUGGCCACGGGCAAGCUGCAGAAGUACAACAAGGAGUACGGCAAGAAGUUACACGGCCCCAUGGUGAGAGCUGCUAUGAAGAAUUUCCUGAAUGGACUGGGUUCGAGUCUGUGCCGAGCCCUGAUCCUGCAGUUCCUGUCGGCGCUGUGGGGCAUACAGAAGUGGGCGGCGCGCCAGACCGCCGUCACGCUGUACUGCACCUCGCUGCUGCUGGUGUACGACGCGGCGCGCCUGCGGGACUGCUGCGGGGAGAACAGGUCUAGUUUCAAAUGCCGCACGCAGACAGCCCCUAGGAGGAAGUCGAUCCACUCCCUCCACAACCCGGCUGCGGGCUCCAACUUCAGCGGACAGUUAUCCUCCAAGGGUCCAGUCUACAGGAAAGUCAACUCCGUGCCCCUCUCUUCUAUGACCCUGGCCCAACAAACGUUCGCCCCCCUCCCAGUGACCAAAUCCCCCUGGAGCGAAGCUUUGGACAAACUGAACCACAAUCAUUCCUUCGAGCAUAAUUAUGAGGAUAAAUUGUCCAAAAUAAAAAUGAAUUAUCGGGCUACUUUAGACCAGUUGGUCAGUGACUCCCCCACCCCUAAUCCCUGGGGGACGGUGAAAAUCAUAGACUUUGCGCACGCGUUCUUCAAUGAAGAGGACAACAUCAGAGUGGACACCAAUUUCAGAGAGGGCAUAGACAAUGUGGUGGCGAUGUUCGAGUCGCUGCUGAGGGAAACGGACGACCAAGUUUACUGAUAAUUUAGAACUGUCAUUAUUUAUGUCAUUAGUUAUUACGUCAGAUGUAAAUCUAUCUGUAUUUUAGGACUUAAACUAUCAUAAUAGUGAAAUAUAAAAACGAUGAGUCUUAUUGUCAUUUUUGUAAGGGGUUUUAGCCGCGAGACUUUUGUGGCGCGGAACCUAGGUACCUACUGACAAAAUCACAUGAGUUCCAGUCGUGUUUAUAUUUCAUUAGUAAUCUGUAAGUAGUUAAGGUAAUUGUCGAAUGUGUCAAAGAAAGCGCGGGUGUUUUGAAUUCAUAAAUCUUAUGAUUAAAAUUUUACAAGGAUAUUAUGUAUUAAAUACAUAGUUGAUAAAGUACUUGAUUUUUUUUUAAAUUACUAGCAAUAAAAUGCUAUCAUUAAAUACAAUACUUAUAUACCUUUAUUACAAAAUAUGUAUCGAGUUGUUUGUGAAAGUGGAUCUAAUCAAAGUUCUCAGGCAAUGAGUCCUCGCCUACGCAGUAGGCACAGAGGUGACGUGUGACGACAGAGAGAGCGAGAGGAGCGGGCGGCUCGAGUAAUUUUUUUUGAGUAGAAAACAAGAUAUUGUAUUUGUGAAGUUAACAACAAACGACUGCGCAAUGAAUCAAUAACGGUACAAACGGCGCGGGCGGGGAGUGUUCGUGUUGAGAUUUGAGAUUGACCCUGCCGGCAAAGACGUACCGCCAAGCGAUUUAGCGUUCCGGUACGAUGCCGUGUAGAAACCGAAAGGAGUGUGGAUUUUCAUCCUCCUCCAAACAAGUUAGUCCGCUUCCAUCUUAGAUUGCAUCAUCACUUACCAUCAGGUGAGAUUGCAGUCAAGGGCUAACUCGUAAAUAAAAAAAAUUCGUGUCUGUACGAAUGCGCAUACUCAUUCCGCAGCUAACUAUAAUAGAGGACGCCCGCGUCUUCGUUCGCGUGGAAUUCAGUUCCAAAUCCCGGGGAUCACAGAUUUUUCCGGGAUAAAAGGAAACCUUUAGUUGCUCAAUAACCUACUAGUGAAGCCCUUUAAUUUUGCGCCUGCCGCCCGCCCCUCUAGUCAUCUCGUCUGUACACAGGCAUAGGUGUGAGCAGCUAGCUCAAAAAUACCAUAUUUCAAAAAUGUAUUUUCAAGUCAAAAUAUUGCAUAAGUCGCAAAAUGUAGGUACCUUUUAAUUAAAUUGUUUCAUGUCCCUACCAAUCAGGUUUUUUUAGAAAACUGUAACCUUACAAAAUGGCUGUACUGUAAUUGAAGCUACAUGUGUUAAAAAUAAUAUAAUUUUUUGCCAUCUACCCCACCGAUCUGAACUAUUUAAAAUAAAACGCAAUUUACGUCACCUUAUUCUUACAGUUCAAACGUGGACCUGGUGUUAUUGCAUCCGCUGCAAGUUCGUCACACGUUCUGCCUCCACAACAUUAUUUAACCCUUUUUAGACCUCAUUAGAACAUGCACUACUACAUGAAAUUGUAGACAUCUUCCAAUAAAAGUUAAGAAGUGCCAAAACUACAAAAUAUGAAUAUCUCAGUUGGUGAUUUGUAUAUUAUAUUUAUUGUUAAAGUCCGAACGCUCAGAGAUUGAGUUUCUGACAGGCAAACAUUCAUUAACAAUUGCCUGGUUAUUUUGUCUCAUGACAAACAGUUGGCAUAACCUUGGAACAGCGCAGUUCAACAACGCCAGUUACAUCGCUCAUUCGAUCACGACCUAUAAGAAACGCAAUCUCUGAGCGGCCGGACUUUACUAAGUAGAUAUACUCGAACGUAUUGUACCUCGCGUGUGUUAAACUUGUUCCAUCCAAAUUACUUAAUUAUAGUUAGUAAUUAGUAGCAGUACUAUGUGUAAGUUCAUUGUGAAUGAUUGAUUUAUUUUACUACUAGAGUAUGCCCGCGUAGAAAUCAAUGUAAACUUUCAAGCCCUAUUUCACCACCUAAUGGGUUGAAUUAAAAAAAAAAAUUAUAUUUCGUAUUUUUUUUAUGAUUUAUGGACAAAUUCUUAAAACUGUAACUCUAAAAAUGAAGGACUUUCCCUACAGACUUUCAACCCCUAUUUAUUUUCGCAAUAAAAAGUAUCCUAUAACCUUCUCCGUAUUAUGGUUUUAAAUUUUGCCAAGUUUCAUUUGAAUUCAUUCAGUAGUUUCAGAGUGAUGCCCGAAUAACAAAAAAACACGGACAGACAGACAGACAGACAGACAGAUAAAAAAUGGAUAAAAAAAACAUUUUUAGCUUCAGUAUCGAUUAUACAUAUAAUGCUCCCCAACAAAAACUUUCAAAAUAUCUUCAAUGUACAGAAGUCGUAUUAUAAGUAUAGAUUCUAGAUGGCGCUGGCUUCCUUUAUACCUCAACACCUUUCUUGCUUUUUAUCCCGAAAAAAUUUAAACGCGAACUGACUUGAGAGUUAGUAGCAAAAUAAAUAAAUCAAUCAUUCAUAUUUAAUACAUACCUAAUAGGUAUACUGAAUUAAUGUCAAAAUAUAGGGUUUAAUAUAACCCUUUAGGGUUGAUCUUCGUUCUACGUAGCGAAUACUCCAUGCUUUUGAUAUCCGAUGGUGCAAUUUAAAUUUCAGAUGUAGAUAGGUUUAGUAGUCGGCCUGUAAGUUGGACUGUGCGCAGUAACCAGUGGCGUGCACAAGGAUUUAAACUAGAGUAGGCACCUAUAUCUAUGCACUAUUACUUGCCUGGAUCUAGACGUACUAAUGUAGCUAGAAUACUAAACAACUGUAUCGCUCGAUUUUGUUAUCAAGAGUUACUGAAAUUACUCUGUUUUUGGUUUUUUAUUGUGAAAGAAAUUAAUACACGUCUCGAAAAGUCAACGUAAUUGUCAUAUUUUCGAGAAAAAGGAAAGUAUAAAAUUAUAUUUUCCAAUUUUUGGAUUUACCCCGCUCAAAAAUUGUUCGUACUCGACUAAAAUACUAAAGCAGUCUGUACGGUCUCUUAGUUCCAGAUUUAUUAGUAAUUAUUGUCUAUUAAUUGUUUUUAAUAAAUAAUUUUAUAAACA